AUGUUUUGGUCUAAAAGACCCGAUGUCUAUAAUUAGCCUCGUUAAUUCGAGGGAAAUUUUAAGAGUGAGAGAACAUUAUUAGAGUUGGAAUAAUUCCCAAGUAACUUCAUAAAGACAUCAAGGUAUGAGAUAAUAUAAGAGUUAUGUAGAUAUAAUAUAGUAAGUUUCUUGCCAAAAUCGUUACUUUUGUAGUUUACACGAUAUGCUAACAUUUAUUUCUUAUGCAUUGCUAUAAUACAGUGUAUUCCAAUAUUAUCAACUUUGAAUCCAUUCAGUGCAAUAGCUCCUUUAGUAUUUGUAUUAGGAUUAUCAAUGGGUAGAGAAGGUAAGAAUAAAAACUAAUAUGAAAGGUUGGGAGGAUUAUGGAAGACAUGUAUCUGAUAAUGAAGUAAAUGCAACAGAAUGUGUGAUAAUGAAGUCUCGAGUAAUGACAAUGUAAAUAAAAAAAUUAAGAUUAUAUAGAUCUACAUGGGCUGAACUAGCAGUAGGAGAUUAUAUAUUAGUGAAAAAGGAUGAGAGUUUUCCUGCUGAUUUAAUAGUUUUGGGAAGUUCUAUAGAGAGUGGUGCAUGUUAUAUUGAAACAUCUUCAUUAGAUGGAGAAAAGAAUCUGAAACCGAAGAGUGCAAUUUUGGAGACUUAACAACUAUAUAGUGAUAAGAAUAAUUAUACAGAUUAGAUAAUAAGAGUGGAUGCACAAGUUCCUACUUAAAAUCUUUAUGAAUUGGAUGCAUCUAUAUAUUUGAGUACAGGAAAUGGUUAAUAAAAGAAAUUUUAAUUAACAGCAAAACAGUUAUUACUCAGAGGUGCAUAUCUUAGGAAUACUGAAUGGGUGAUUGGAUUAGUAGUUUAUACAGGUUAGGAUACUAAAAUAAUGAGAAAUGCUGAUGCUGCAAGAAUUAAAUCAAGUGAAAUUGAAAGAAUUAUGAAUAUUUUGAUUUUGGGAAUAUUGGUAGUUCAAAUCUCAUUAUCAAUAAUUACAGCAUCUUUCUCCUCUGCAUGGUUACAUAAAUAUGGUAGUGAUAGUUGGUAUUUGGGUUAUGAUGAUGAUUUCUCUCCUAAUUUACUAAGCUUUUAUUCAUUUUUCAGUUAUAUUUUAUUAUAUAAUACAAUGAUCCCUAUAUCAUUGAUAGUUAGUUUAGAAUUUGUAAAAGUAUUUUAAGCAUACUUUAUUGAAUAAGAUGAAGAAAUGUAUGUUUAAUAAAGAGAUAAAUAUGUUAAAGUUUAAACCACAACUAUAAAUGAAGAACUUGGUUAAAUAGAGUAUAUAUUUUCUGACAAAACUGGAACGCUAACUUGUAAUUAGAUGGAAUUUAAGUAUUGUAUAAUAGGAAACACUCUAUAUGGAUAGGAAUAACAACAUACAAACAUUCCUAUAUAAAAUACAGAUUUAAAAAGACAAUAAACUGCUAAAGUACAUCCUGCAACUGAAGUGUUUUAACAUUCGGUAUUUAAUUUCCAAGAUCUUGAAUUAAGUGCAAUUCUUAAAGGAGAAGGGUCAUCUGGAGAAUUACCAGUCAAUUUAAUUAUUUAGUCAUUAGAUGGUAAACAAUAAAUCAAACUUUAAAAAUAGAGAAAUUUAAUUGAAGAAUAUUUUUUCUUAUUAUCAUCUGCUCAUGAAUGUAUUAUACAGUAUGAUAAAAAUUAAAAUGCUUCCUAUUAAGGACCAUCACCAGAUGAAAUUACUUUGGUUGAUGCAGCAGCUAGAAUGGGUUUUUAAUUCACUGGUGCUUCUGCUAGUGAAUAAAAGUUUACAAUUUUGGGAAAAGAUAAAAAAGUUAAAUUAUUAAAAUCUUUUGAAUUUGAUUCAACACGUAAGAGAAUGAGUGUUAUUAUUGAUGAUAAUGGAGUUAUCAAAUUAUUUAUUAAAGGAGCAGAUAAUAUUAUAAAAGGAAGAUUAGCACCAAAUUAAAUAUUUCUUAAUCAAAUUAUAAACUAUUUGGAUGAUUUUAGCAAAAUUGGCUUAAGAUGUUUAUUAAUGGCUAUAAGAAUAUUAUCAAAUGAUGAAUAUAGAGAAUUUGAUAAUGCUUACAAUAAUUUACCAGACAAUGAGACAAGAGCAGAAGAACUAGGUAUACAAAAUAUAUUGAAAGCUAGAAAAAUUAACAAGCAAUUUAGAACAAAAUUUAACUUUAGUUGGAGCAUCUGCUGUUGAAGAUAAGUUAUAAUCAUUGGUUCCAGAGACAAUAGCUGAUUUAUUAAGAGCAAAUAUAAAAGUUUGGAUGUUGACUGGUGAUAAGUUAGAAACAGCAGAAAACAUUGCUAAAAGUUGUCGUUUAAUUUAAGGUGAUUUUACUGUAAUGAGAUUGUCUGAAUCAACUGUUGAAGCUUGUAAAUAAAAGAUUGGAGAUAUUUAAGAUACAUAUGAACAAUGUAUAAAAAUGAAUAGAAAAAAAGUAUUUAAGUGCAUUCUUACCUUUAGUCAUUCGUUGUAGAAGGAUAAUCCCUAUAAUUUGUAAUUGAUAAUGAGGAUUUAGCCUAAGCAUUUGUGAGUAUGGCUAAAGAUUGUGAAAGUGUUGUUUGUUGUAGAGUAACUCCAAAAUAGAAAGCUGAUGUUGUAAGAUUAAUUAAAGACAGACUCAAUAAAAUUACAUUAGCAAUUGGAGAUGGUGCAAAUGAUGUUAAUAUGAUUCAAGCUGCUCAUAUAGGAGUAGGAUUAUAUGGUAAUGAAGGAAUGAGGGCUGUUUAAAGUAGUGAUUUUGCUUUAGGGGAAUUCAGAUGUCUUUGGAGAUUGUUAUUGGUUCAUGGACAUUGGAAUUACAUUCGAAUUGCAGAAAUGGUUUUAUACUUCUUUUAUAAAAAUAUGAUAUUUACUGUUCCAUAGUUUUUCUUUUCAUAUUUUUGUGCAUUCUCUGGAUAAUCAUUUUUUGAUGACUGGUACAUCACAUUCUAUAAUUUAAUAUUCACAGCACUUCCACUUAUAGUAAGAGGUACUUUUGAUUAAGACAUCAAUUACAGAUAAUAUGUUUAAUUUGAUGAGAGGCAAGAAGUAGCUUCUGUUUAAUAGAAAUUUGAAGAAUAUCUUAAAACUAAAUUUCCAACUCUUUAUUAUGUGGGAUAGAACAAAAGUAUUUUUACUAUACCAAAUUAUAUGUUUUGGGCAUUUACUGGUUUAGUACAUGGUAUGAUAAUCUUCUUUUUCAUACUUUGGAUAUAAGAUUUUGAGAUUGUAGAAGACAAUGGAUUUCCUGGAGGAUUAGCAGCAUUUUCAUUGACAGCUUAUUCAAGCAUUAUUUUAGUAUUUAAAUUUUAUUAAUCAUUAAGAUUGCAGACGUGAAAAUAGCUAUCCAUACCAAAUAUUGGACUUGGUUUAAUUUUGUGUGCAUAACAUUCCUAUCUGUUUUACUUUAUAUCAUCUAUGUCAUUAUAUCAUAAUUUUGGUCAGGUACUUUGAUGGAAUUCACUCCAUUUACUAUGGUUGGAACUCCUCAUUUUUGGUUGUCAAUAAUACUUAUAGGAGGUAUAAUAGGUGGAUUAGAGGCUAUAUUGGCUUAAAUAUAUAGAGAAUUUUUUACUGAUUCUGCCACUGAAUUAUUAAUUAAAGCGAAUGAUUUUGGAAAAAAUCAAUUAAAACUCAUUGAAUUAAAAGAAAAGAAUUAAAGAUAAUUUUAAGAUUCUUUUUGGGAACCUAUAUAUAAAUAAUAAUAAUAAUAAGACUAAGAAAUAGAAUAAUAAUAAAAUGAAGUAAUUAAAUUUAGCUAAUCUUAGCAUGCUGAAUGAUAUUUUUUAAUAUAUAUAAUAAUAAUAAAAUAAAAAUGAAUAAGUUUUAAGAAUCAUAGACACUUAGACAAUAAGGACCCUUACAAACUUCAAAUAGAUAACUAACAGGUCCUUAACUUUACAAUUUAAAUAAACACACUUCCUAUGUCUUUGCAGCAAUUGUCCAUAAUGUAAUUUUACAAGAAAGUUAUGAUAAAUGCAAUGAAUUUGAUGAUAAGAAAAAACCAGAUUUAGAUGAAACAGAAUGGAAAAAGCUAAAAAAAACACUUUGGGAAGAGAAAAUAGAGAAAUAGAAUAAAUAAACUUUGAAAUAGCAAAUAUCCUUUAUAGUAUCUGCAGGAGCAGAUAAAAAUAUAUAUUUGUGGGAUAUUCAUAAAAUGAAAUUGUAAGACAAUUCAUAAGUUCCAAUUAAGCCUGAAUAAUUACCAUAAUAAUAAAAUACUUAAAUAUAAUCUAAUUCAGACAAUUAAGGGAAUGAAAAUUAAAAUAAUUAGAAUUUUUCAAAAGAUGAAUUAGAUUUAGAACAUGUAAUUAUACCAUAUUAAUAAAAUUUUUAUGAAUUUGUUACUUGUUUGCUUAGUGUAGAAUUAAAUUAGAAUUAAUCAUAUUUAAUUGUUGGCUAUGAAAAUAAUCAAAUAAUCCGAUACGAAUUAUCUGGUGAAUAUUGGAUGAAGGGUGUUAAUUCAUUGAGAUACAAUUUUAAUUUUUAGAACAUGUCUUAAAUGAUAACAAAAUUACAACACCAUAAUGAUGCCGUAAGAUCUUUAGUCUACUAUAAAGAUUAACUAUGUUCAUGUGGUGAUGAUAUGUAGCUCUUAAUUCAAACUAUAGAUGGAAAGGUUUUAAAAAGAUUUUUCUUUGAUAGCAUUAUUGAUAAUCUAUAUAUCUGGAAUAAUCAUCUGAUAUUUCCUCAUUUUACUGUUAGUUUAUAACCUUUUAGCUACGAAGAUGAGGAAACACGAUUUGUAACAAAAAAAAAUGUCUAGAUAGAAAUGGAAAAUGAAAAUUAGAAUUAAAACUAGAAUGAAAAUUAAAAUUAAGCAAAUUAAUUAGAAGCAGGAGCAUAAAAUUAGAAUUAGAAUUAAAAUUAAGAAAAUUAAUAAGAAGCAGGAGCAUAAGCAUAACCAAAAGAAAAACAAAAGAUAACUCAAAUAGUAGAAAAACAAACUUAUACUUAUGGUUUAUAAUAAUGUUUAAUGAUUAUGGGGGAAAAUUAAUAGAAUAAUUAUGAUAUAAAAUUAAAUGAUUUAAUGUUUUAUCGUUCAUUAGAUGAUGCUUAUAAUUAAAUGGAUAAAAUUACUUGUUUUGAACUUUCAGACAAUAAAAAUAUUUUAUAUUCAACAGAAAGUGGGAAAUUAAUUAUGAUUUAGGAGCCAUUAAGGAAUCAUUCUAAAGGAGAAACCAUAACUGAUAAUUACAAAGAUUAAGAAAACAAAAAUUAAAAAUACAAAUAUCAAAUAUUAUUUUGCAAUACGAAAUAGUUAUUUUAAUUCGAUAUAGAAAUACUAAUGUCAUUCAUUAAGUAUGAAUCUAAGCUUUAUAUAUUCUGUAAAAAAAAAUAAAACAAAGAAGAGGUAGGUUUGAUAAUAGGUUAAGAAAUAACUGAUUCAAAAGAUUACUAAUAUAAAAUAGUUGAGAAACCUUUAAAAAUUGAAUAUUUAUAAAUAUAUCAAAAAAGAGAAGAAAAUUAGCCAGAUCCUAAUCCCAUUAUUAAAAAUUAUGAAGUAUUUUUACAAAAUCCUAUAUUGGUAAAAGAAGGGGAUACAAAAAUAAUUUUGUUUUGUGGUGAUUAGUUGAGAUAUUAUAAGUUAUGA